ACAUCAAUUAUGAUUAAUUUCACUAAUGUUAUUGAAUUAAUGCAGUCAUUGUUUAUUUAUUAUGCAUGUUACACUUAAUGAAGAAAGGAAAGCCUAUCAGCGUAGUCUCUUGAGACCUGACAGAUGGGACACGUUUGCUUCAGAUGGAUCAUUUAUUUUACUUAGAGGCUCAUUCAGCGAGUGUAUCAAAUAAUUCUACAGUCGAGUUAACCAUUCUCUCUCUGAGUAUUUAAGAGGGAACAGGUAGUUAAGAAAAGUGCAGAUUGUUGUUGGUCCUUACUGUUACUGUCUGCUGAAGGUCCCAAAUGAACAUCUCUCAUUAUUAAUGCCUGCCUCUCUAUUAGGGAGCACCUGAACAAGUCUUAUCUGUGUAACCAAUACUCACUUUCAUGAAAUGAUGCGCAGAUCAGGUAACCACUUGAUUUCCUUCUUAAGACAUUCAUCCCGUUGCAUUUCCCUCUGAUAGGGUUACCACUCAGCAUCUCAUCUGCAAUGUUUUAAGACGUUUUUUGGCCUGGAGGUCUGGAUUUUCUGUGAAUUAUUCAAAGGUGUAGUUUAUUUGUAGGAGCUGAUGGGGGUAGCUCAUUACCUGAUAGGCCUUGUUCUAAUUUUCUUUGAUGGACAUGUGUCAGACGGAGGAUGCCGUCACCGAAGUUGGGGACGUUCUAGAGGUGGAAACCACUCCCGCUUUAUUCCCUCUCUGCUUUGUGUUGUGGAACAUCAAUCUUACUUGUAGUUCAAUUUUUGGGUUUGGCAUAAAAAUGACAAAGAAACCCUCAGAGGUCAUUCGGCUUCGCUACGAGGAGCUGCUGUUUUUCGCCGCCUGUGUUUGUAACUGCUGGGGUUUGUGUCUGUGCGUUUGUGUUUGUCUUGAAGGCAGAGUGUGCAGGAGAGGAGGCGGCGCUGGCAUGCGUUUGGGCAGCAGCUGGAGGUGGCAGCUCUCCCGGGCCAUGCGUCUAGCGCUGCGAUGGUGCCGUCCAUACAGAGGGGGUCGAGGCGGGGGAACCAAUCCGUGGAUCAGCAGCAGGUUUUUGGAUCUGUGGAGCUACAGCAAGCUGCUGCUCAAGUCUCUCUACUUCAACAGCCUGACUAACUCUGACACUCUUCUGGACUGUGCUUUUGAACCAGUCUACUGGAUUGUGGAUAACGUGACUCGCUGGUUUGGAGUGGUAUUUGUAACUCUAGUCAUACUGCUGACCACAUCAGUUGUGGUCAUUGUCUACCUAUUUGUCAUACCCACGAUCCUCAGCACCUACCCGGUACACUGGAUCAUCUGGCACCUCUGCUGUGGCCACUGGCUUCUCAUCAUGGUGGUCUUCCAUUACUACAAGGCCACUACCACCUCUCCAGGACACCCACCCAAGGACAAAAUCCAUAUUCCUUCCGUGUCCAUCUGCAAGAAAUGUAUCUCACCAAAACCAGCCAGGACGCACCACUGCAGCAUCUGCAACAUGUGUGUUUUGAAGAUGGACCAUCACUGUCCCUGGUUGAACAACUGUGUCGGACAUUUCAACCACCGUUACUUCUUCUCAUUCUGCCUCUACAUGACGCUCGGCUGCAUCUACUGCAGUAUCAGCAGCAGGAACUUAUUUCUGGAAGCUUACAAUGCCAUAGAGAAGUACUAUCAGACCCCACCUCCCACUGAAAGCUACACAGAAACCACCGCUCAUAAAAGCAUCAUCUUCCUGUGGGUGCUGACCAGCUCGGUGGCUGUCGCUCUGGGAGGACUCACUCUGUGGCACACCAUACUCAUCAGCAGAGGAGAGACCAGCGUGGAGCGCCAUAUUAACCGCAAAGAGACAAAAAGACUGAGGGAGAUGGGAAAGAUGUUUAGAAAUCCAUAUCAUCACGGGAGAAUGAACAACUUGAAAACACUCUUUGGAGUGGAAAAAAGAAGUCAUUGGCUCACACGGGUCCUCUUGCCAUCCAGCCACCUUCCCAAUGGAGACGGCAUCAUGUGGGACUACAUCUACAGCAGAAGAGACCCGUUGGCCAUCUGACCCUCAGCCUUUUAUCCAAAACCAUAUCAAAAACUUGUAUAACCUUAGACGUACAUUUUUACAAUCAAAGGGACUAUCGACACAUUGUUGUGACCAGCCAGGGACACUACAAGAAGAGAAGCUUUACACCGUCUGUUUCAUCUGCUGCUACUCACAAUCAGCAACGGGAAAAUAGUUUCUCAGAUAAGGAGUUUGGUUGUUUUCCCUGCUUGAACUUUGAAACACACAGGAAUAACCAGUAGUGAUUAAUCCUCUUGGAAUCAUCAUGUUCCACAUAUCGCCCGUCAACUUUGCACAUCAGGUCUAAUUGUGGACUUGACCACCAGCAGAACUCCCCCUGUGACUGCAGCACUGUUGACUAAUUGGAUUCAUAAAUAAUGCUGCUGGCCAGCAUUGUUUUCAAGCUCCAGCCUUGUUUUUACUCUACAUGCCAGAAAACCUUUUCCCUUUACAUUUUGGACUGAAAAUAUUGAAUCAACACAUCUUACACCAGUGUGUGAGAUCAGACAAUGACCAAGAGAAAAGGCCGUUUGUGAAGAGAACACCAGCUUAAAGUUAUACAGCAAUGAAAACAAAUACUACUUGGAUAGUUCAUUUUAUAGAUGCACUGAAUUUGAUUUUUGCCUAUAUCCGAAAUGCCAGUAUUUUGCUAAUUUCAAUAUCUAUAACAACAUUUAUACAAGGCUUCUUCAUAAAGACUUGAUGCUUCCCUUAUAAGGUGAGGAAAGGUGAAGGUUUUCAAAUAUUCACUUAUUUUAAAAAGAAACAUUAGGCCAUUUUCUUAAUUCAUUUUUUAACCAUUACUUAUAUUGGUGCCUGAUUUAAUGUGGUUCUACUGCCAGACUGUGUGGCUGUAGCACAUUUAAAAGUAUCACUAACCACCAUUAAACGACAAAAGGUAAGCUCUAACUUUGCUCCACUUAAGAAAUGAUUGAUUUUACUGAACAUUUUAUGAUCAAUUUUCAUUUAAAGCAGUGGUUCCCAAAAUGAGGGUCAGGACCCCCAGGGGGGUCGCAAGACACUGGAAGGGGGUCGCAGGAUGCUUUCGAACAAACAAAGACAAAUUUAAUAUGAUUUAAAGUUGAAUAUUGUAUUAAUUACUGUGAAAAAUUGUGUAAAAAUUAGUUCAAUUUAAAUUUAACAGUUUAUUGAAAUGUUAGUAAAAUGUACAAAUGUAAAAUAUGAAUUCGUACAUCACUGGUGUCAGGCUAAAACUUGGUGUCUCCAAAAUCACCGCCUUCAAAGCUGCAUUUUUUAAUAAAUUUAACCCUGAAUGGUUAUAGUUAC